AGCACAAGCAGGAAUAUAUAGCUCUUCGUAGAUCGUAGAUCGUGUGUACAUUUCGAACGUACUUGUCGUACCUUAUAUCUCAUCGGAUCGAAAAGACAAAAAAAAAAAAAAAAAAUAAAAUAAUAUUAAUAAUAAUAAUAAUAAAAUAUGUUAUUCAAUGGUUCAGUGAUCUCUUUUAUCCUUCUACUAUUCACCGUGGUCAUGAUCAAUUGUGAUUUGGAUUUACAAAUGUUGCACGUGGUGUUCCGACAUGGCGAGAAGGUGCCUCAUAAGGAAUUUCAAAAUUAUCCUAACGAUCCUUACCGCGAUUAUUCCUAUUAUCCAUUGGGAAGUGGAGAUUUGACAAACGAAGGUAAAUUACGCGAAUACAGAAUUGGAAAAAUGCUACGUGAACGUUACAAUCAAUAUUUCGGACCAGAUUAUUGGCCAGAGAAGAUCUAUGCCCGAUCGACUUUCAUUCCAAGAACUCAGCUAUCUGUGCAACUAGUUUUGGCUGGAUUAUUCCCACCCUCUGAGAAGCAAACCUGGAAUCCAGAUCUACCCUGGAUUCCGACGCACUCCUUCUUUAUGCCCUAUCACCACGACAAUCUCAUGUUUCCGAAUAAUUGUCCAAAGUAUAAGGAAGAAUAUAAUGAGUUCUUGCAACAGAACGAAGCUCAAAAUCUACUGAAUAAAUACAAGUAUGUGAUGAAUUACUUGACCGAGAGAAGUGGGAAGGUCAUCAAUACGACAUCCGAUGUCCUUCAUUUUUAUAAUUUAUUAAAAGAAGAGACAAUUCAAAAUCUGACUCUUCCAAAAUGGACCGAGGCAGUUUAUCCUGCCCUGCUAAAGGAAAUAGUCGCGCUUGAUUUUAAAUUCAGAUCGUACACAAAAACAUUGAAACGUUUGAACGGAGGUAUGUUAAUACGUAAAAUAGUGGAAGAUAUCAAGUUGUACAUAGCGGGUAGAUUAAAACCAUACGAUAGGAAAGCGUUCUUUUUCUCGGGCCAUGAAAUGAACGUUGCUGCAGUUGCAAGAGCUUUAGAAUUGGACGAACCUAUUAUUCCUUCAUACGGUUUUACUAUCAUCCUGGAAACGUUGCGCGAUAAGAAGAAGAAUUAUUACGUUCGAGUUUUAUUUUGGAAUGGAGAACAACUUAAAUACAAAACGAUUCCUGGUUGCGCGGAGUUAUGUCCACUAUAUGACUUUUUUGCUAUUGUAAAGGAUAUAAUACCAAAUGAUGAUGAAUAUCUUUGUCAUUCUAACGAGAAGAUAAAUAAGAGGACCAAGAAUGAACAAAUAAAUUCCUCAGCAUCGAAUUUAAUUACAGGAAAAAUCUGCUAUUAUGUAUUUUCUAUUUUGCUUUUCACGAUUGUACGUCUUGAUCAUUAAUGUUUAUUAUUGAUUUUAUGGCAACAAUAUUAAUAUUUGC